ACAAAAAAUGUUAAUUUCAAUGACACGUCAAAAUCAUAUCAAGUAAUUUAUUGAAUUAUAAUUAUUGACACACAUACUUGAAAUAUUAGCUGGUGGUGGCAUUGCAAAUCCACCUCACAUAACUUAUUUAGUUAAGUGCGAUGAAAGGGCACCUGUUUGCAAGCUUAAUCGUUUUAAUUCUCGUUUGCGAAGAUGUGGAAAAUUCUAAAAUACUGGGUGUUUUCCCUAUGGCAACCCAUAGUCAUUACACAUUGGGCUUUACGUUGAUGAAAGAAUUAGCAGAAAAAGGCCAUGAAGUAACUUUUAUUACGCCUCAUAGACAUAAAGAGGACAUCAAGAAUUUAAAAGUUGUUUCUGUAGAGGAAAUCGUUGAAGAAUUUGCAGAUCAUAAAAAAGAACUUUUCCAGAUGCAUUAUAUGAGUUUUCAUUACCAUACCAAAUUCGUUCUUAACUUGGGUUUGGACUUUACAAAAAAAAUCUUUGGGAUUAAACCCGUAGUGGAAUUAAUAAGAAGCCAGGAAAAAUUUGAUGUCAUAAUCGUAGAAAAUUUCAUGAUUUAUGCGUUUAUCGGAUUAGGUCAUCACUUCAAGGCACCUGUGAUAUUAUUAACACCGGGUCCUACAACAUACCUAUGUAAUUUUUUUGUUGGCAACCCCACACCAUCUGCAUACAUUCCUAAUAUUGCCUCCAGAUUAAGCUCUGAUAUGAGUCUAAUUGAGAGAAUAAAGAAUGUAUACUAUGACACAUUGGGUGAAUAUUUAAUACAUCAAUAUGUCAUACCGAAACACAAUGAAAUAAUGCAAGAACAUUUACCUGGUACUCCGAAUUUAAGCGAGAUUACGUUAAACGUCAGUUUAAUACUAACAUCUUCGCAUGUUAGUAUAAACACCCCUGCACCUACAGUACCUGCAGUGAAAGAAAUAGGAGGUUAUCACGUUGGCAAACCUAAACAAUUACCAAGUGAUUUGCAGGACUUUUUGGAUAACGCCAAGGAGGGGGUCGUUUUGUUUUCCUUGGGUUCUAAUUUAAAGAGCUCUGAUUUACCAGACCACAUGAAAAAUGCCAUAUUAAAAACGUUUUCCAUAAUCAAACAGAAAGUGUUGUGGAAGUUUGAGGAGGACAUACCAAAGAAACCUGAAAAUGUCAAGAUUAUGAACUGGUUACCACAAAACAGUGUUCUAGCACAUCCAAACACCAAACUUUUCAUCUCCCAUGGAGGUCUUCUUAGUGUUAUAGAGUCAGUACACUAUGGGGUACCUAUUCUAGGAAUACCAGUGUUUUGGGAUCAAGAGUGUAACAUAAGAUCUGCUGAAAAUAACGGUUUUGCCAUUAACCUACCUUUCAAAGAACUAAACGAAGAAACAUUUUUUACUGCUGUGAAUGAACUCCUAAAUAACCCAGAAUACACAACAAAUGUUAAAUCAAGACAAAGAAUUCUUCACGAUCAACCUUUUACUCCAAUGGAUACAGCUGUAUAUUGGAUUGAAUACGUUAUACGUCAUAAAGGUGCCCAUCAUUUGAAAUCGCCAUCAUUGAAGCUAAAAUGGUACCAAAUAAGUAUGUUGGAUAUUGCGAAUAUUUUAACAUUAGUUACUAUAGUUUUGUUUGUUGUUUUAUAUUUUAUUAUCAAGCAUAUUAUUAGUAUGUUUGUUGGCAAAAAUACCGCUAUUAGAGCUAAGAAAAAUCAAUAAAUAUGUUUUUUGCAUUAUUA